CGGUGGUGCGCGGGGGAGCCGCACCGAGCUGUCGCGUCCUUUCCCUGGCUGGCCGGCCGGCGAAGAAGGCACCUGGGCGGGCGGCAGCACCCGCAGGGGUGGAGCAUUUAGGUCCUAGGCAACCUGGACAGCUGUAGGCUGGACUGACCAGUUUGGGAACUGCUGUUGAAAAACCCUUGACUUGUCAGCUGGGCCCUCCACACUCCACGUCAAAGAAAAACAAGUACUUGCAUGAUUCUGGUUACACCACAUUUUCUGUCUACAAACUGUUGUGUCUUGGCAAGGUGAUGAAGACAAGUAAUUUCCAGAAUUUGGGCUGAAGGAUUAAGUCUUUGCAUCUCUGUGAAGAGAGUUGUGGUGGGAUUCUCACAUAGACCUUUGGGUCUUGAGUGGAAGAGAUCAAUGGUAUCACAGGUGGCAAAGAAAACACUGGAUUUUUUUCUCCAAGUGAGUCCUGUAAGACUGCUGAUUUAGAGCUCUGGAGUGUGGAUGAUUACCUCGCCCCAGGGACAUGAAACCUUUUGGGAAGGCUUUCAAGACAAAGAGCUAGUAGACUGCUCUGAAGUUGAUACAAGCUUCUCUGAGAAAACCAGCAGAGCCUGGACGACCCGCGAUAGGGAGCAACUGUUUUCAGAUACCUGCAUUAAAUCUCAGCGGUGUUUUUCUGCCAGCUGCUGCAGAGCAGAAGAUUAGCAGACAUGUCCAUAGCACUCAAGCAAGUCUUUAAUAAAGAUAAGACUUUCCGCCCAAAACGCAAGUUUGAACCUGGAACCCAAAGGUUUGAACUCCACAAACGAGCUCAGGCCUCUCUGAACUCAGGUGUGGACUUGAAAGCGGCUGUGCAGUUGCCCAGCGGAGAAGACCAAAAUGACUGGGUGGCGGUCCAUGUUGUUGACUUCUUCAAUAGGAUCAACCUCAUUUAUGGAACUAUCUGUGAAUUCUGCACAGAGAGGACCUGCCCAGUGAUGUCUGGAGGCCCUAAGUAUGAGUACCGAUGGCAGGACGAUAUGAAGUACAAGAAGCCCACAGCACUGCCAGCACCCCAGUAUAUGAAUCUUCUCAUGGACUGGAUUGAGGUGCAAAUCAACAAUGAGGAUAUAUUUCCUACAAGUGUAGGUGUUCCCUUUCCAAAGAACUUCCUUCAGAUCUGCAAGAAGAUACUCUGCCGGCUUUUUCGGGUGUUUGUUCACGUCUACAUCCAUCACUUUGACCGUAUCAUCCUUAUGGGGGCUGAGGCCCACGUCAAUACCUGUUACAAGCAUUUUUAUUACUUUGUGACAGAGCUCAACCUCAUAGACCGCAAAGAACUAGAGCCUUUGAAAGAGAUGACAACCAGGAUGUGUCACUAAAAAGCUAUCCACUGAAGAAAAGCAAGGUCCAAUUUCCUUCUUACUGCAGAGUUCAAGAACGUUGACAGCCCCCAUGGACUGAGCCUGCUUGUUAAUCCAUGAAAGCAGGAAAGUUGGGAACCAAAGUUACUUUCACACACGCUUCCCACCACUGUCAGUGUUCUUAACACUGAAUAUGCUGCUAGGAAGCUCAUCUGAGCGACAUGGAUUAUUGAGGCAAAGAAGAAUCAAUUUCAUAUUAGUUCUAGCUCCUUCAUUAGGGACAAGAACCUCUUCAGCCAUGAAUGAUGACAGACUGUGCUCCUGCUGCUAAAGCUUUACUGAAAUUCAGGUCCCUGGGCUGACCUCCAGAUUAGUUGUUUUGAAACGAAACUGUAUUGUUAGCUGCAAUGUUGUUUUCUUUUUCUUUUGUUUCUUGGUAUGUGCUUUGUUUUGUAAGUGCAGCAGAAUAUUAAGAUGGUCUGGAAUCGCAGAAGACUUUUAGUCUUUAAUGCCCCCCCACCCUUCACCAGGCCACCUAAGGCUUGGCCACCAUUCCCAAAUGCCAGCAAGCCUUGUGUUUCCAGGAACACAGCCCUGUCCUUCAGUUGAUCAGGCAGUUUGUGCUUCAUUGUGGCUCAUAAUUGGGUGACAGUGGGACAGCCUGAUCUCAAUUAGAUGAGUAGGAAUCCAGAUAUAGCUCUGCAGUGUUGAAGUCUUCCCUUUGAAUUCAUACUGUGACUGACAGCAAAUCUGCUCAGUAGCUCUACGUUACAUAAAAAAGCAGCUAUAGUCAGCAUUUUCCUGAAGUACUCUCUGAAGUACACCAAUCUGUCAUGUAACUUGAUAUCCUCCCAUCCUCUUAGAUAAAAGGAUCCCUCUCAUUCACCUUAAAGUUUCAUCUUUUCAGGGAAGAAGAAAUUUAACUUUAAUAACUGGGAGGAAUAUACAGUACAGGUGAGUAAUAUAAAGGUUAGAGCAGGAGGGACUAAGUGAAGGUCUCAGUUGCAUCUAAACAGUGUCCAGCAGUGUGGCUUGCUUUCUACACUGGACUAACACAAAAUUUUUUUCCAGUACUCAGUCCAAUUUAACACAUGUAUGGACAGCUUGGAAGGAUCCAUUGCAGUAAAUCAAGUCUUCUAUGCCAAAUAUGUCCUGCUAAGAGGCUUUCUUCUACAAAGAAAACUAAAGCAAUAGUUAACAGAGAGAUCACAAGAGAGAUACAGCUGAAUAAAUGGGAGUCAAGUGGAAUACAGCUAUAUAUUCUGUGCCUUCUAAUGAAUUUUGCACCCUUGUAUUAUUGUGAAAGAUUACUCCUUCCUGAGUAAGUGCUGAACCCCAUUGCUGCCUUCUCAAGUGAGUUAGGUAUGUUUACAUCUUCUGAGACAGUAUCAGAAGCAAAUCUCAUAGAGUAUCCAGUGAUUGGAACAUUCAAAAUAGAGGGGUGGCAGACACUAAAGAAUAACAGCAAACCUUUUCUAGCUCAUGUGGUGGUACAUUCUGGUUUGCUUGCCUGCUGCUUAAAAUAGGGCUUGUAAAUGUUAGUGAUCAUGUCCUUGCUGGGACAAAGGGCUUUUGUCUGUGAACAUUCAGUGUAACUUGUGGAGGCUUUUCUGCAUCUUUAGAAUUAUGCAAGCAGCAUUAUCCUUUGCUUUCAAGGGGGUGGGCUGAAGUGUUCCUACCUCCUUCGGUGGUCUUUGCAAUCACGUUAAUUCUUUGGGGAUUGGAAUGCACACACAGAUAAUUUCUGGCCUGCUAGCACUUUUGCAGGAUAUAACUAGCUUGUGGAAUUCAUUGCCACAGCUAAUGCUGAGCUUAGUUGCCUUAUUUUAAAGAAGAUGAGAAAUGUUACAUCUUUGGAAGAAGGUACAUGGUACAUGUGGAUCACAACUGCCUGGAAUUACAACAUCAAUUGCAUACAAAAGGGUUUCUUGUACUCCUCCAAAGGGACUGGGCUGUUGCACUCUUGGAGAUGGAGCUGUAGCCGAUACAGUGCUCUUGAAUUUCACUGCGGUCAGUUGCCAUUUGGGCGGUACUGCAGUGCUAUAUUUUAAAGAUUAACAUGAAGAUGCAAAUGCGUGGAAUUUUGUGCAUAAAGAUCAAAGUCACUACAUAUAUUGAAAAACAUGGUAUUUUAUGCAUAAAAUAAUUUAUUCUUCAUUUUAUUACACUACUUACCAUACGCUGUUUAAGUCUAUUCACUGUAGCUCAGUCUGAAGAUGAAGAAUUUGUUCCCAUUUACUUUGAAUUAUUUUUGAAUAACCUUUUUGUGAAUGCAAAACUUACCUGUUGGAGUAUUUUCCUUUCUCUAAAACUGUUUUUCAUAAACUCUUGUGUUUCCUUUUCUAGUACAGCACACUGUAUGAAGCAAAGGAGGGAAAUGCAGAGUUGAAACCUAGAGGUUUUGUGUUUGACCUGGCCACAAUUCCUGUAAUGGGAAAAACCUAUUACAACCCAGGAGCUGCACCAGCCACAAAGAAGUGCAAAAUGUACUUGGUUUGGUUGCUUAUUCUGCUGGGAAGAACAUGGAAUUUGCUAGGUGAUGAAAUAAACUUCGUCCAAAUGGCAGGGCUUGGCCUUCAGCUGAGUAUCUCGCAACAGGUACUCUUGCUUCCACUGCAGAGGUAUUCAGCCACGGCCCAGCUAUCUCAGGCCAUGGGCCAUUUCUCCUUUUCCUGUGCCUGGUAUUUGAUAUCCCAAUAAGAAUGAUGUCUGGAAUGUGGCAUCACUACAUCAAAGUGUCGUAUUAUCCUUUCCCAUAGGAGAGGGGCAGCGUCCUCUUGGAUCUUGUGCUCAAGGAUUCCAGCUUCAUCAGUAAUUUGCUUGGGGUCACAUCUGGACAGAAUCAUGGGUUUGUUGUUAAUUGAGGGUCCUGGUUUAUGUGAUUCCUCAGGAUAUGUAAUGAGAACUGAGUUUAAACAUGAUUGUAUGCAGAGGCGCCCUUUUCACCUACUGAGAAAAACUUUCUACCUGAUCUUACCAAUUAUGUGUGUUCCUCAUCAUUCCAGCAUUUCAUAUGGUUCUGGGAUUUGGCGGGGAAGGGGUUGUUUGGGUUUGUUGUUUUGGGUUUUUUUAAUCACCUUUCUAGUCUUUCAAUCAGGUCUUGUUUUUCUUGCCUAAAACCCAAUUUUUUUUAGUCUGCUACUUAUCUUAAGAGAUGCUGUUAAGUGUUAAGCUUCAAGGCACUAUGAGAUGGAUCACUUCAGCUGACUGAGACCACAGGCACCUUUACUUCAGGGUGUGAAAGGAUCCUGUGAUACCAAAAUUGCCUUCAGCGAUUAAAGACUUAAUAGCUUUCAUUUCUCUCUAAUAAGUGAUUUUGUAAUGAACUUCUACUUUGUGUGAACAUAGACUAGUGCCGCUGUAGUGACAAAUGUAACAUGAAACAAAUCUUAACAUAACCUCCCUUAGGUUUUAUGAAGGGUCUAUCAGGGUCUAUCAAAGGGGGUUUUUUUACUGAUACACAGGAGUGAAAUCGAUGAUUUCCAUCAGAUUUGAGAGAAGUUGGGUACUUAGGAAAACUUGAGUUUUCUCCAAGCACUCAAGCUCUACGCAGCAAAACUUACACCAGACAAGGUAUUUGAUUCUCCUGACCAAUGGAUUCAUUAAGAACAAGGCAGGGAAAGGGGAAGAAAACAGUUAACGUGUAACUCUCUGGGGACCUACAGACAGCUACCCAAGACGUGCAGAAACCUAAGGGGUGAACGUUGUCCCAGUGAUCACGUGCAGGAAAACUCACUGGGCCUCUCUGGAGAGGACACAGAGAACGGUACCCUUGGGGAGCCACUGUUACCAAGUCUCUAUUAACAAUAGACUAAAAUGGUCUUUUAGCACCUUUGUACUUUGGGCUGAAUAAAUUACCAAUUCUGGAGCCCUCUCACAAAAAGCCAUUCCUUCCUUUUGCUUUUUACCUUUUCUGCAUGUUCUUCAGGUUUCUUACAUUUUCUGGAAGUGAAGUCUCAGAGCUGGCCUUCUGCCUUUUGAUCUUCUUUACGCUUUCCCAAGGACAAUGUUCUUGCAAAAAGUAGCUUUUUCACCUCUCUCUCUGCCUCCAGAAAGGAUACCUCUCAACUACACCCUCUGAGGAGAGACCUCCAAGGGUUGGCUUUGCAUUAUCUCUUCAGAAGAGCAGAAGCAAGAGAGCAGGAGGUACCUGCAAGCACUGCAAAACAGGAUGCACUAUGUAUAAAACAGUAAUAUGCUUGCUAUUAUAUAACAUGCUUUAAGUGCUUUAGAAAGGGGAUAACACUGGGGCACCCAGUACAGACAAGUGGUCAGUGUUUAGACAUUUUUUCCUAUAUAUUGGAAGAAACUAAAGACAUUUUUAAUAAUUAUGGAGACUAUUCCAAGGGCAAAGCAAGCCAAAUCAGUAAUAAGAACCUGGUAGUGGUAUACUUUUAAAUCUAAAAUGAUCAACCUUGAUUUUCAUGUAUUUCUUGCUAAAUAGAGAGGCAGUGUUGUUCAAGGUUUAGCCAAAUAUGUUGGAGGUAUUAAAGUAGUUGUUUCUUUUCUGUUUUAAUAAGUUUUACUAUUUUAAAGACAGAUAUAAUAUAAUAAAGAGUUAUAAUAAUAUUCUCCCAGGGAAAAAACAAAUUACUUCUCCAGUCUAAUACAUACAUGCGCGUGCAUGUGUGUGCACACAUAUAUAUAUAUACACACACACACACAUUUGGUGGGGAUAUGGAUAUGGAAGUAUCAGUGUGUGCAUAUCUACACUACCUGCUCUUCCCCACAGAAUACAUUUUUUUAUUUUUAUAAUUUUUAAGGGGGAUGCAUCUUUCUAAGAAAUAAGUGGUUGAUUCCUUUUCCUCCUCCAUGCAUCAGUGCUGUUUGAUAUGUUAAUUUUUUUUAAUAAUGUCAGAUGUGUCUUAGGCUCUUUUAGUUCUGUUUGUUAUUACAUGGUGGUUCAACUGCAUGGGCAGAGAGACUGACACUAACUGUUGUACUUAUUAAAAGAAAAGGAAAGAUUACUUUUCAAAUCAAUCCUAGUGGAUGAAGCGAUGAAAUCCAAAUAUGAAUAAAAGAAACAUAACCUUGCAGAA